GCCCGUAAAACUACUGAUGACACUGAGGAACAAGACUGUUAUCUAAAGCCGGAAUCAGAGCUUCGAAGACUUUAGCUGCAUUGAAGUACUGGUUUUACAUAUCGUCUUUGAACUGUUGUAAUCCGUUUUUCUUAUAUCAACGUCGUUGUUUACAUCAUAUACAAGGCUGGCGGUCUGUUUGGUCAGGUAGCUUUUGCUAAUGGAAUUACGAGUCGGCAAUAAAUAUCGCCUUGGUCGUAAAAUUGGUAGUGGAUCAUUUGGUGAAAUUUACUUAGGUACCGAUAUCACAAAUGAUGAAGAGGUAGCUAUCAAAUUAGAAUGCGUCAAAGCAAAACAUCCACAGCUUCAAAUUGAGGCUAAGAUUUACAAGCUUAUGCAAGGUGGUGUUGGGAUUCCUUGUUUAAAAUGGUCUGGUACAGAAGGAGACUACAAUGUUCUAGUUAUUCAAUUACUUGGUCCAAGUCUAGAAGAUUUAUUUAAUUUUUGCGGUCGAAGAUUUAAAUUAAAAACAGUACUUCUGUUAGCUGAUCAAACAAUUACACGUGUAGAAUAUAUACAGAAUAAGAAUUUUAUUCACCGAGACAUUAAACCGGAUAAUUUUCUUAUGGGUUUGGGUAAACGUGGCAACCUCGUCUAUUUAAUUGAUUUUGGAUUGGCAAAAAAAUAUCGCGACAGUCGAACACGUCAACAUAUACCAUAUCGAGAGAAUAAAAAUCUUACUGGGACGGCUCGAUAUGCUAGUAUCAAUACACAUUUGGGGAUAGAACAAGCUCGUCGAGAUGAUAUGGAAUCACUUGGUUAUGUGUUAAUGUAUUUCUUACGUGGUAGUCUUCCAUGGCAAGGCUUAAAGGCUGGCACUAAACGUCAAAAAUAUGAACGUAUCAGCGAAAAGAAGAUGCAAACACCCGUGGAAGUUUUAUGUGAAGGUUAUCCAGUUGAAAUGGCUGUCUACCUUAACUAUUGUCGUGGAAUGCGUUUUGAUAACCAACCGGAUUAUUCUUAUUUAAGAAAUUUAUUUCGUGGACUAUUCCAACGUGAAGGUUUUACUUAUGAUUUUAUUUUUGAUUGGAAUCUAUUAAAAUUUUCUGGAAGUGAUCAAAAUUCCAUCAAUAAUACUACUGCUGCUGUUAAUAAUAACAACAAUAAUAAUGGUAAUGAUCAUUUAAUUACAAAUCAACAAUCAUCCCAACCACAACAACUCGUGCAGUCUUCUCGUCGUGGUCAUCAUCAUGAUGAAAAAAUUAAAUCUCGUAACAAAGGAACAUCUGGUAAUGCGGGUUAUACUGCUCAACAGGCAAAUACACAAUUAGCUCAUAAUUCAUCAACUACAGCAGUGAUGAAUUCUCGUUCAGGUUUUACGCAACAAGGUUUAGGCUCAGUGACUGCUUAUCCACGUGGUAUGCCACCAUCGUGUCUACCGGCUGCGCAAAAUAUGGUCGCUCAGUCAUUACAGGUAAUGAGUCUUCAGCCACAGCCUAAUCAAAUAUCAUCUAAUACUGUCGCUCAUCAUCAUGCACAACACAUGCAAUCUCAUCCAAUCCCGAAUUCAUUAACUGGAUAUUACAAUCAGACGGUACAACAACAGCAGAAUGUUUCACAGUCUCCUCAACUAGGCACAUCACAAUUUGCUAAUCCUGCUUGUCCUUCUAACAUGUUUCUUAUGAAUAAUAAUCAUAAUAAUAGUAAUGCAAACAAUCCAAUAUCAGUGACUGGUGGCCUACAACAACAACCUAAUACUAAUUUAUACCCCUCUAUUGACUCAAAUUGUACUAUUCAACAUCCAUCCCAACAACAGUCACAAAAUGUUUGUUGUCUUCCAGUACAAUCGCAACCUCAAUCCAAUAUAAAUAAUAAUAAUACUAAUCAUCAACAAGUUGUUACAUCGCGUCAAAUUGUUCAACCUAUUUCACAUCAUCCACAACAAAAUUCAUAUUUAUUAACUCAACAAAGUUCAAUCGGUCAAGUAAUUGGUGGGAAUAGUAGCGGUACAACAAAUCAUCAAAUUCAUCAUCAUCAACAGCAGUUGAAUGCAUCUACAACAUUUGGUAAUCAUCCGCAUAAUUUGUAUCAUUUACGUCUUCAUCCGGAAACAUUUUAUGUGCCUGCAACAGCUAGUGGGCAGACAAGUAAUAUUAAUAAUAAUGAGAAUUUCACCUCAACACCUAUGAUUUUGCCAUCCGGACAACAAGUCGGUGGUGUUGGCAGUAAUGCAUUUCGAAAAUAAUAAUAAUCUAUUAUUGUCUGCCUACAUGUUCCCUAGUAUUUAGUUCUGGUGAAAUGUGAAUGUUUAAAUGCUUGUAGUUUUACUUAAAUUGAGUAUUCUAUAGCUCAGUGUGUUUCCAACUUUCUCCGUCUUUUUCUAUGCUUGACUAUCUCUCUCUCUCGUUCACUUGCUCGCUCUUGAUACAUUUCACUAGCCUUGUACUGUAGUUAUGCUAAAUAUGCAAUUUAAAACAGCUCGAAAAUUACUCAAUAAAAUGCUGUACUAUUUUUCAUAAUUUAUCUGACUAAUAAAAACUGUUUCGUCUUUAUUUUUGUGUAAAUAUAUACAUAUAUUCCAUGAAUAUACAAGUACACAGAAUGACAUAGAAAAAUGUGUAGAAAAACAAUCUGAAAGCUUGACUUUUUUUAUGUCUGUGUAAAAAUAAGUUUUACUCCGUAUUAUUUUCGUUUACGUUAAGAAGAAGAAUCACAGUGGAGAAAGAAACACACACAAGCAUAUUUACAUAUAUAUAUUUACACGGUGUCAGCACUGAUCACUGAAGGCGAUGAUGGUGUUUUUGAAACUCAUGUUGUAUUAGACAUUGUAUGUAUUUUUCCAUAUACUUUCAAUUCAUUGCUCCAUUUAGUAAAUGUACACACAUGGUCCAUACAAAGGUGUUUGCAUGUUUUGAUUAGUUAAUGCAUUUCUCAAUUUUAUGUCCGCCUUCAAAUAUUGAAUGGAUUUCAUUUAUUGUUUCUUUUUUUUAAGCUGACUUUUUGUAUGUUUUCUGUGUUUUUCAAUUAUGCAAGUGUAACCUUAGUCAUUAGUAGUAUUUAGUUGAUUAAAAGCAGCGAUAUCAGUACUUUUGAUAGUGAACUUUAUAACCGUUAACAAACUUUUAUUCAUAUUUUCUAAGAAGAAAAAAAUAACGGAAAAUGAGGAUUCUGUAUUAUUUUGUCUCAAGUGUUAUUCGUGUGUGUAAUUGUUCUAAAUUACCACCAUUAAUCUUUUGUUAUUAUUUAAUGUAUUAUUUAUUAUUCGCUUACUUUUAUACCCCAUUUUCUAUUAAAAUCCAACUUCAUUUUUUGUGGCAUUCUCUUCCUAUUGGUUGUAUUUAUUUUAAAAAUCCCUCCUUUGUGUUGAGAGCACUCUUUAAAUUAAAAAGUAUUGGAAAUUCUUUGCUUACCAUCUUUGUAUUGUCUUCUUUUAGUUAAUGACAUUUAGUCGGUAAGAUGGUUGAACGAUUAAACUUGUAUGUUUACUCACCUAAAGGGCAAAUGUAUUCUCCAAAUAAACGGGUGCUUUUUUAUUUGUACAUAUUAUAUAAAUGGUAGUUAUGUUAAAAAAUAUAUUAUCAUUACUACUAGUAAUAAAAAUACUAGU